GCACCCCCCUAUCUGAUCUACAGCUUAAAACCUGUUAAAAAGGUUACAAUUAAAAAAAAAAAAUCUUAUGUUCCCUCAAAAAUAUUGAGCAUCAAUCUAUUUAGAGUCUUUAACAACAGCAACAUUUUAAUGACAUGUAGAAAAAAAUGUCAACAUAUUUAAUUUAUAUUUAUUACCAUGUCAACUGAAAGUAAAAAUGUUAUUCAUUUAUUUUUAUUUUUUUUUAAAUUUACUUAUUUUCUACAAAAAGCUGAAAAAAUAUUUGUGAGUGAAUGAAACUCCCCACUUAUAUCUGAGUUUUGAUUUUUGUUUCUUCUUUAUUUAUUUUUCUACAGAUGACAUAUUUAGAAACCCUGCAUCACACUUUAGGUUAAAUUGGUUAAAAAAUGAAUACAUAAAAAAAAAAAAAAAAAGAAAAAAAACUUCCAUCAUGGUGCAUGGUAUAAUAUAUUUCAGUUUUAAAUAUUCUCUUUUGAAAAAAAUGAAAUUGUAUUUAGUCAUUAAUUUGAAAUAAGAAGGCAACUCUUUUGAAGUGUUUAUUUGUUUAUUGUUCUACAAUUUUUGAAAACCUUAAAAUAAAUACAAUAAAAAUAAUAGCAAAGAUGUUCUUAAAAGUCUUUAAAGUGCUGGAUUGGGUUGCAGUAAUUGGCAUAAACUAAUAUUAUCAAGUGACGUUUCAGUACGCAAUGAAUUAAUGAGUUAACUGUUACUCCCUUAAAUAAAAAAUGUAGAUUAUUUCUUUGACAUUUUCAUCUCUGGUUUGGUAGGAGGUUAUGAAACAGAAACCAAAAUGUUUAUUUUAAAUGGAAAUAUGCUGACAAUAAAAACAAACAAAAAAUAUUUUUUAAGUAAAAAAAAAUCUGAAACUACUUUAGUAUUAUGUGAAGAAUAAACAACCGUAUAGAAAAAAAAAACUAAAAAGAAUGAUUGAAAAGUUAAAGCAGGUGUAAACCGGAAGUGCAACGUUCGUCAUUAUGGUGAGUUUGACGAUCCUCUCCGGAAAAGCUGUGAGUUCGAGCGAAACGCAGCGAGCAGCGAGAGCGGAGGAGAGGAGGAUGAUGGGAGCGAGUUUUAGCCUGGUUUGGUGACCCAAAUCUUACAGUAGAACAGGAUUCCAUUUCACCCACUUCUUAUAGUUGAAGAUUUUGGUCCCGCAAAGAUGUCAGCGUCGGCGAUAUUCAUACUGGACCUUAAGGGAAAGGUCCUGAUUGGUCGUAACUACAUGGGGAACAUGGACAUGAAUGAGAUUGACCACUUCAUGCCCAUCCUGAUGAAGAGGGAGGAAGAUGCAGAGAUGACGCCGCUGGUCAGCCACGGCUCCACGCACUUCCUGUGGAUCAAACACAGCAACCUUUACCUGGUGGCGAUGACUAAGAAGAACGGCAACGCUGCUCUCGUGUACUCCUUCCUGUACAAAAUAAUCCAGGUUUUUAAGGAGUACUUUAAGGAGCUGGAGGAGGAAAGUAUCCGUGACAACUUUGUGACUGUAUACGAGCUGCUGGAUGAAGUGAUGGACUUUGGAUUUCCCCAAACCACAGAGAGCAAGAUCCUACAAGAGUACAUCACCCAGCAGGGCCAUAAAUUAGAAGUGGGGGCACCUCGACCGCCCGCCACCGUCACCAAUGCCGUUUCGUGGCGUUCGGAGGGCAUCAAGUACAGGAAGAAUGAAGUUUUCAUGGAUGUUAUUGAGUCAGUAAAUCUGCUGGUGAGCGCUAACGGCAGCGUCCUGCGCAGCGAAAUCGUCGGCAGCAUCAAACUGAAGGUGGUCUUGUCCGGGAUGCCAGAGCUGAGACUAGGCCUCAAUGACAAAGUGCUGUUUGAAAUCACCGGCCGAGAGAAGAGCAAAGCUGUGGAGCUGGAGGACGUGAAGUUUCAUCAGUGCGUCCGUCUGUCCCGUUUCGAGAACGACCGCACCAUCUCUUUCAUUCCACCGGAUGGCGAGAGUGAGCUCAUGUCGUACCGCCUCAGCACAGCCCAGGUGAAGCCUCUCAUAUGGAUUGAGAGCGUGAUUGAAAAGUUUUCUCACAGCCGUGUGGAGAUCAAAGUGAAGGCUAGAAGUCAGUUUAAGAGCCGCUCCACUGCCAACAAUGUGUCCAUCAUGGUGCCGGUGCCCAGCGAUGCUGACUCACCCAAGUUCAAGACCAGCACGGGCAGCGCCAAGUGGGUGCCCGAGAAAAACGUCGUUCAGUGGAACAUCAAGUCUUUUCCUGGGGGUAAGGAGUAUGUGAUGCGCGCACACUUUGGCCUCCCCAGCGUGGAGAGUGAUGAACAGGAGGCAAAACGACCAAUCACAGUCGACUUUGAAAUCCCUUAUUUCACCGUGUCUGGGAUCCAGGUGCGUUACCUGAAGAUCAUUGAAAAAAGCGGCUACCAGGCGUUGCCAUGGGUACGCUACAUCACACAAAGUGGAGAUUACCAGCUCCGGACAAACUAAAGGGCACACAUGCGUCUAGACAAAUGGAUAUUUUCUCCCUCUGUCCGUCUUCAUCGCCCCUCUCCUCGGCGCCCUGUCUGCAGACGACAGGUGCAGGGGGGGGGCAACGUCUACGAACUCAUCUCUAAACGGCCUCCUUUCCUGUUCCGUCAGGAAAACGAGCUGCAUCACCUCUGACCUGUAAUAAGAGUUCCAAUUUUAAUAUCUGAAUAAUGAAGGGACCGUCUGUGACCCCCUUCUGGUUCUGGGAAGCUCUCAUUUCUUCUCUUUUAUUGCCACAGAUUUAUUUGGUUCAUAAUAUUUAACAUUUUUGGAAACAUCCAAUAUGAUAUAUGAUGAUAAUAAAAUAUUUUUUUUUAUAGUUUUGGCAUUAAGUAGCUUUGAGGGAAUUUUUCAGGAACAAAUAUUGCUGACUUUGUACAUUUUUUUUUGUAAUUAUGUCACAAUCUCUUAAACUAGUUUUUUUUUUAUUCCUAAUGACCCCCCCCCCAUAAUACCCAAGAAUGACUCUGCUUUGUCAUCCUCUCAAUGUCGUGUUUUUUCCAGCACUGUGACCAUAAGUCCAAACGCACAGGAGCACCAGCAACCCGUCAAUGAUUAAUAAGGCCCAAUAUUGUCAGAGGCUGUGACGGCGUAACAUAAUAACAGAGACCCAUGGGGCUUGUAACCUUGUCCUUGUUUGGAAAAUCAGCUCUGCAGCUUCACUGUAGAAACUCCAGGAACGAGCCACUUUUUAAAAAAAAAAACAAUAAUUAGUCAUAUUCCAGCUCCUGUAGGCUCCCGUUUGUGUUCACGUUCACUUCACUCCAUCACUUCAGAUCAGCUGUUGUGUGUGUGUGUGUGGGGGGGGGGGGGGGGGUGUCUUCUUUUUUAAAUUGUGUAUGUUCUUAACUAAUGUAUCUGCUACUGUUUGUCCAUGGGAAAUGAAGGGAUAUAUUUGGAAAUAAACAUGUUUUCGUUAA